AUGCCUACCGACACAGACAACGUCAAGUUUCUGCUUCUAUGCAUGGAACACGGUGGUGCAAGCACAACUGACCACGCCGCCGUCGCAGCGGCCUUGAACAUCACGGCCGGAGCCUCCAACAAACGCCUUAGUCGCCUUCGUAUUGCCGCUGCGGAUGGCAAGCCUGCAGACAAGGCCGCCGUGGAGUUCCUGUAUCAAUGCUACAAGGCCAGCAACGUUGGCAAGGUCGACCACAAGGCCGUCGGCGAGGCCUUUGACAUCAAGCCUGGUGCGUCGUCCAAGCGCUUCUCGCGUCUCAAGGAUGCGCUGGAGAAAGGCAACUACAGUGGGACUGGUGACAAGGGAGAGUCCAAGGGCACCACGUCGGCUAAGGGCAAGGGAAAAUCCAGCGCCGCCACCGCCGACGGCAAUGAUACUACGCCCACGACUAAGGCUGCCAGUGCGAGCAAGCGCAAGAGAGCAAACGUCACGGAUACGGACGACGAGGAAACCUCGAUUAAGCCAGAGACGGCCGAUGAUGUCGCUGCCACCACCACUGCCGCCUCGACUGGCCGCAAGAAGACGUCUUCGACGCAAAAGCAGUCAGCGAGCAAGAAGCAAAAGACCAGCGCCAACAAGAGCGAGGCAACCCUCGACACCAAGCCCAAGCGCUCCCCUAUCAAGCGCGAGGAAGAAGAGCACGCCCACUCCCACCAGCAGGCCAAGCCCACCACCAGAUCCGGCAACACCUCCGGCUACGAAGCCGACGAGUCUUCCGCGACCGAAGAGGUCGACGUCGUAGGCGUGCCCGCCGUCCCGCCCAACACAGCCGCCGCAACCGCCUUCCCCACACCCACCAGCACAAGCGAAGACACAGUCAUCAACACCUACAGCGCCGACCAAGUCCAAGGCCAAAGCCACGGCCACCCGUCUCACGACAACAACGCUUCGCACGCCACCAGCGCAGCCAACCACGCCUACCCCAACGCGCCCUACACCAGCAAAGCGCCCAGCGCGUACGCAAACAGCGGCACGUACGCCACGGCCGCGUCCCAGCCGCAAGCCAAGACGCAGACCCAGUCGCAGACCCAGACGCAAGCCCAUCCCCGCGCCGCAACCACAAGCAAGAAAGCCGCUCUCGCCCCUCACCCCGUCUACCACACUGGCUACAGCGACGCUGCCGCCGACCCCCGCCGCAGCAUCGACUACCCCCAGGGCGCCGGCUCCGUGUAUCCCCGUCGCCACAGCCUCGCGGACGCGUUUCGUGGCGCUCUGAGCGAGCGUGGCGAGAGCGCUGAGCGUGCUGAGCUGGACGCCGCGCAGCAGAGUAUGCAGCAGGGCAUACAGUACGAGCAGACGGCACAGCUGGAGCCAGAGGAGCCGGAGGAGCAGGGCUUCUUCGCCGACGCGUUUGCUGCUGGCAGAGUUGUUGUGGGGGACGUGAGCAGUGAGAGCAGCGAGGGUGGUGGUGAUGAUGAUGGGUACGGUGCGUAUUUUGAGGGUAGGGAUUCGGUUUAGUUGGCGGUGGCUGGGUUGCUGGGUACGGAUACGUCGUCUAGGUACUCUUUGGCUCUGCUGAUUAUUCUGGGAUUCUUGGGGUUGGCAAUGGUGAUGGUUUUGCAAUUUUGCGGUUUUGCGGUUUUGUGGAUGAGGUUGCUGAUGGGUGGGUGGGGAGUGAGUGAGGGGGUGCUGGGUAUGAGACGGGCGUCCGUACUCAUGGUUUACCUAGCAGAGCUACGGAGCGGAGUGGAUGUGGAGUGAUGGGAUACACGGCCAGACACGGACAGAUAGACAGCUUUACGAUACGAU